UUUAUUGCCAUCCGACAGGAUCCCCCCAAACAGAUCCUGCUCGGGACCUUUUCAAAGCUCCCAGCUUCUCCUCCGUCACUUAGACGUUUUCUUACUCCAGAUUCCCGGGAAGGAGAAAAAACACAGCUGGCAUAAAUAAUGACCAACCAAGUAUCCUGGGGAGGCGAAGUGGACCUGAAGCCGGGGGACUUGAUUGAGAUCUUCCGGACGGGAUACCAGCACUGGGCCGUCUAUGUGGGUUUGGGCAUGGUUGUCCAUCUGACUUCAGCAGAUAAAUGUGCUGAAGCUAGAGCUGAAGCUGGUAGCAUGAAGUCUCUCUGGGCCAAGAAAGCAAUGGUGAAGAGAGAGCCACUGUCCGAUGUGGUAGGAAAAAAUAAAUACCGUGUUAGCAACAAGCAUGACGCCACCUAUGAUGUCCGAACCCCAGAUCAGAUUGUCUCUAUGGCUGAGAAGCUGGAGGGCCAAAUAUUGGACUAUGAACUCACCACCCAGAAUUGUGAGCAUUUUGCCAACAACCUGCGCUAUGAUGUAGCUCGCAGUGAUCAGAUCAGAUAUGUGCUCUGGUUACCAAUGGCAAAACAUUUGGCACUCCUGCUAUUGAAGAUCUAGCAAGGAGAACGUCUGGAGCAACUAUGACUUGGAUGAUUGAGAAUCUCCAUAGACAUUUGGCUUCAACUAACAGUCCUGAAGAAUUCACUUUCUCUAAUAUGUUUUUGCCUCCUCCCUCUCUCUUUGCCUCUCUUUCUCUCUGCCUUCUUUUCUUUUCCCUUGAGAUAGCAGUUGGUCAAAAGCCUAUGCUUGAUGCUCUCCUCUCCACGCCCAGUUUCAACUUCCAAAUAAAAGUUUACCUUCCAAUGAA